AUGUUGAUCAAAGUAAAGACUCUUACAGGUAAAGAAAUUGAAAUAGAUAUCGAACCUACAGAUAAAGUAGAACGUAUCAAAGAAAGAGUCGAAGAAAAAGAGGGUAUUCCUCCACAACAACAGCGACUUAUAUUUUCUGGAAAACAGAUGAAUGAUGAAAAAACAGCACAAGAUUAUAAAGUGCAGGGGGGAUCGGUGCUGCAUUUGGUGUUAGCUCUGAGAGGCGGCAAACAAGAUCUCCUGUGA